CCCACCCCUUCGUCCCGUCCGGCAAAUAGUUGCCAACUCCAGUUGGUACCAAGAUGCAUAUCAGACGCCAAUAUUCUCGGCGCUCCCGGAACAGGGCCAAAGCCGCGGUUGCGGGACGCGGAAGCUGGCAGCUUUGUACCUGAGCCUCUGCCUCCCGCCGUCUCUGUUCCGACCCCAUCUCAUCUCUCUGGCGCACCGAUUGACUGUGUUUUGAGAACGUUCCUCCGAUUCGAGAUUCUAAGCCCAUACAGCUGUCGCCAUGGUUCUCCCUGACGAUGUGCUUGAAGCCUGGGAGGCUUGCGAUCGAACCGACACGCUCUUCGUCCUAGUAUGCUCUGUGUUUUGCUGGGGUAUCAUACCUGCUGUCGGCAUCGCCUACUCUGGAUACUGCACCCGCUCCAAUGCCCUCGCAGCCGUCAUGCCCUCCGUCCUCACCGUCACCGUCUGCUCUAUCCAAUGGUUCAUCAUUGGCUACAGCUUGACAUACAGCGAAGGUGGUUAUGUAAUCGGUGAUUUCACCUACGCGUUCCAUAGAGGCGUGCUCUCGGAACCUAUCGGCACUAUCCCGGCUGUGCUAUUCAGUUUCUUCCAACUCGUCUUCCAGGCUACGGUCUGUGCCAUUGCGGUGGGUGGAGCUUGUGAGAGGGGAAGACUUCUUCCACUUGUGCCGUUCAUCUUCCUCUGGUCAACCUUCAUCUACAAUCCCCUCGCGCACAUGGUCUGGGGCGGUGGCUGGCUCGAAGACUUCGGCGUGCUUGACUUCGCCGGCGGCACUCCUGUGCACAUAUGCUCGGGAGCCACCGCAACAGCCAUGUCUGUUUACCUAUCCUACCCGCUCUUCCGCUCCCGGAAAUCCGCUACACGAACUCCAUCGCAUCUGGUCAUCCACCGUCCGGUGAACUCCUUAUGCCAGCUUCUGGCGAUGAUUAGCAUCUGGGGUGCUUGGCUCGCCUUCGACGCUGGCACAACGCUCGCUUUUAACUUUAAGUCCGUUAUGGCACUCUGCGUUACCAAUCUUUGCGCAGCCAGUGGCGCUCUGACCUGGAUGUUGUACACAUAUGUAGAGACUGGGCGAUGGAGUCUGGAUUCGUGCUUCAUGGGUGCUAUUUCAGGACUCGUCAUGAUCACGCCAGCCGCUGGCUUCAUCGAUACCCCCACCGCGUUCUUCUUCGGCAUACUCGGUGCGCUAGUAUGCCGGCAAGCUCUUAGAAUCAAGUUCACAGACUUAGCAAGGAAGUGGCGAUGGGUCGAUAACGGCGAUACGUUUGCCACGCACUGCGUCGGGGGCAUCCUAGCUACAAUCGCAACAGGCUGCUUUGCGAAGAAGGAGGUCGCAGGCUAUGAUGGCGUGACUGAGAUCGCCGGCGGUGUCUUGUUCGACGGCAACGCGCGCCAACUUGGCAUCCAGAUCGUCGAGGCGCUUGUGGGGUUCCUUUGGUCGUUUGUGGGAAGCUAUGUUAUUUACGCACUUAUCGAUUGUAUCCCCGGCUUUGAGGUGCUGGCUGAGGACAAAGAUAUUGUAGCGGGCCUAGAUGCCACUCAGAUGGAUGAGGAGACGUUGUGGACCGAAACGCAGAAGUACUACCCGUUUGCUGAGGAAGGCGAAGGUGAAUUGCACCUGGAGUGACGAGAGUGGUUGCGCAUUCACUUGAAGAGGUGACGCGGUGAUCUGAAGAACUUCUGAGCGACGCGUAUUUGUGUCACCUAGAGAGAGCUGCAAACGUCGCUCGGUGUCUUCACAAGCUGGCGUGCUCCAAUAAGAAAACCAGGCAAUGCGAACGGGGAAGAAUGUGAUAGGGUUGCGAAACAGAGGCGAAAAGACACGAUACUGAAUAGAAGUGUC